CGGACCGCUAUAAAAUGCACCGCAGAGAGUCCGACGACUGACUCAACAUUUCAUUGCUCUAUUCUUAUCUCUCUUCACAGUGAGCGUCAAUAAUUUUUGUUGAGAGUUCCGACUCCUAGAGAGAGACAAAAAUGUCGAGUAACAGAUCGCAGAUCUGUUGGGUUUUCGUGACCCUAGCUUUGUUCUUAGCUUUGUCGGCCUUUGCUGACGAUGUAGUCGUGUUGACGGAGGAGAAUUUCGAGAAGGAGAUCGGUCAAGAUCGAGGCGCUCUCGUCGAGUUCUACGCUCCUUGGUGCGGGCAUUGUAAAAAACUUGCUCCAGAGUAUGAGAAACUUGGUGCAAGUUUCAAGAAGGCAAAGUCUGUUUUGAUUGGAAAGGUGGAUUGCGAUGAGCAUAAGAGCGUAUGUAGCAAAUAUGGUGUUUCUGGGUAUCCCACAAUCCAGUGGUUUCCCAAAGGGUCCUUGGAGCCUAAAAAGUAUGAAGGUGCACGUACUUUGGAAGCCCUUGUUGAGUUUGUGAAUAGUGAAGGGGGGACUAAUGUGAAGAUAGCUGCUGUCCCCUCAAAUGUAGUGGUACUGACAUCUGAUAAUUUUGAUGAAAUUGUCUUGGAUGAUGCAAAGGAUGUUUUGGUUGAAUUUUAUGCACCCUGGUGUGGUCAUUGCAAAAACCUUGCUCCUACUUAUGAAAAGGUUGCCACUGCAUUCAAGCUAGAGAGAGAUGUAGUAAUUGCUAAUCUUGAUGCUGACAAAUACAAAGAUCUUGGAGAAAAGUAUGGUGUGAGUGGCUUUCCUACAUUGAAAUUUUUUCCAAAGAGCAACAAAGCUGGUGAAGAUUAUGAUGGUGGCCGAGAUUUAGAUGACUUUGUAAAUUUCAUCAAUGAGAAGUGUGGCACCAGUCGUGAUUCAAAAGGACAACUGACUUCCAAAGCUGGUAUAGUUGAGCAUUUGGAUACAUUGGUGAAGGAGUUUGUUAGUGCUGGCAAUGAUGAGAAAAAAGCAGUUUAUGGCAAGAUAGAGGAGGAAGUUGAGAAGCUCAAGGGUUCUCCUGCAAGAUAUGGAAAGAUCUACUUGAAAGCUGCAAAGAGCUGUAUGGAAAAGGGUGCUGAUUAUGCCAAUAAUGAAAUCCAGCGGCUGGACCGCAUGCUGAAGAAGGCCAUUAGUGAAGCAAAGGCUGAUGAGUUUGCCCUCAAGAAGAAUAUCCUGUCUGCUUUUGCUUGAACUCUGAGACGAUUUGCAUCCUUGGUGUUGCAGCUUGGAGUUACUCUGCUUCCCGGGUUUGGUCCCCAAAGUUUUUCUUUGUCUUGGGGCUUGUAUUAUUUGCGAUGCUCUUAUUGCACAUCUUCUUGACACAUUUUUGCAACCAAAGUUUCAAUUAUAGUAGAAGAAAACAGGUAGUGGACAUCUAGUGUUACAGUUUAGCAAUAAUGCGAUGGUUACUCUGAACUCUCAUAAUUAUCAACUCUUUGACAACGAGAGCAUUAGCUACUGUUGCACUUAUCCUGUGUCUUGGUAUGAUUGUUUUCUAGUUAAAUUAUCAUGAUCUGUUUGUUAAA